CCCACCUCUGUCGACUGUGUGUGUGUGAUCGGGAUACAAUACACCGUUUUUUUCCCUCUACCUCACCCACGCACACACACUCCCGUUAUUUCAGGGCGCUGGAGGUGAUAUUCGUCUUUACCUGUCCGGCUCGCACACCUGAGCGGACUCACCUGUCCGCCCGAAAACACUUCUCGUUGUUUUUUGUUUGAGUGCGGCAAAGAAAGCAAAGGUGUGCGCGGAAAAAGAGGGACUUUAAAGCGGCACGCAGUUUACGAAACGAGAAGAAAGGUGCAAGAAGGAAGGAGGAGAAGAGGGGACCGACACCUUCCAUUUUUUUCCUCCCAACUUUGGAGUUUCCUGCUUUUGUAACUUUUUGUUACGUCGCCAGCUUCUCUUCUAACCUCCAAACAAGGACUGGGUGUUAAUUAAGCAUGCCGAGGGCCUUUCUGGUGAAGAAGGCGAAUGUUUCGCCGGGAAAGCGGAACUGGAGCGAGCUGCCUGAUAAUGAGCGAGGGGACGUCUACAUCCCAGUCUCCAUCUUUCCCCCAUCCGUCCUAACGAUGGAAGCCGAAGCCAGCCCCGCAGAGACGACACCGCUCUGCCUCGCCAAACACUCUCUCUCCGACACGCAAACCUACGCUGAGCUGCCGUCCAGCACGAUGCUGGGCCGACCACAGAGCCCGGUGCCUUCACCAGGGGAGAGGUCAGAGGUCAGACGGAGGUCGCAGGGCGCCUCCACAUAUAUCCGGUCCAAAAUCAAGGUAACUACAGGCGAGCUGCCACUGGAUCCCUCUCAUCUUCCUCUCUCCCUUCCGCCCAUUCCCACUCCGCCAACCCUGACUCCGGACGCCACCGUGAUGCCAGUCGCCCUGACGAAAACACCUGAUCCCAAGGAAGCGGUUUCCAUGGUAACCAGAUCAACAGGUCAAAGUUUGAGUUCGUCGGCAGGUUCGACUGGGUCGACGGGGAACUAUGUGUGCCAGGUUUGCCAGAAGACUUUCCAGUACCAGCGAAUGUUAAACAGACACGUCAAGUGUCACAAUGAGACCAAGAGGCACCUGUGCAGCUUCUGCGGCAAAGGCUUCAACGACACCUUUGACCUCAAGAGACACGUGCGCACGCAUACAGGAGUCCGUCCCUACAAGUGCACCCUGUGUGACAAGGCCUUCACCCAGCGCUGCUCCCUGGAGUCCCACAUGAAGAAGAUCCACAGCGUCACCCAGAAGUACGCCUACAAGGAGCGGCGCAACAAGCUGUACGUCUGCGAGGAGUGCGGCCUGACGUCGGGAUCUCAGGACGAGCUGCUGAUCCACCUGCACUCGGUCCACCCUGAAAGCGCCCUGCUGAAGGGGAAGGCUGCAAGGAAAGCCGGAGCUGGAGGAGGAGGAGGAGGAGGAGGAAGAGCAGGAUCGCUACCAAGCUCUCCUCAAGGUGCUGAAAGUGAUGACACGACGGGAUCAGGAGGGCAGUAGAGGAGAGGAGUAACGACAAACUCAGGACAUAUGGACAAACACUGUAGCUGAAGUGAGACAUGUCAGGUGGAUGACGAGACAGAUUACAUAGCAGUAAACGGGGAACGUAAACGUGUGUAUAUGUAUGAAUGUAUGUGUGUGUGGAUUUGGGUAUCUGUAUAUAUCGCAGACUGCAACGUUAAAUGAAAUCACGCACCAAACAAUGCCAAGUUUGACUCUGACUAAUAUAUAUUUUUACAUUGGGAUUGUGAUGUGGAAGAGUUUAUUAACAUGUCUGACAAUACCAACGUAUUUUUCUUCAAUUGUAUUGUAUUGCAUGUGAAUGCUACCUGUGGGCUUCUUUGUACAGAGUUUUUCUAUGAAAAAAGUACUUUGUUCAUUAAAGGGAGUAAUAUAUUA